GGGGUCAACGACCGAGCGUACAUGGGGACCGACACCGUCUUGUGACUGAGUUGUGAUUAUUAGUACAGGCACUUUCGCUGUAUUUGUUUUAGACCGUCGUUCCCCAUAUAUACGUCCCGAGCUGUUGAGCGCCGCACUAAACGGAUGAUCCAACAUGCUGCGUGCUGUACUGCUGCUUCUUACCGCCGCCCUGGCUGUGGGGGCCGAACAACCCGGAAGUAAGGACACAACCAAGCCAAACAUCCUCUUCAUCGUCGCAGAUGAUCUCGGCUGGAAUGACGUAGGUUGGCACAACCCUGACGUCAAAACACCUGUCCUGGACCAGCUGGCUAACGAAGGCGUCAUCCUCAACCAAUCUUACGUCAACUACGUCUGUACGCCGUCCAGAACAGCCUUCAUGACCGGGUACUUCCCCUACCACGUGGGCACACAGCACUUAGUGUUCUUUCCUUUUCAAGCGCAAGGCAUUCCAUCUAACUUCAGCUUCUUACCAGAGAAACUGAAGGAUUUGGGGUACGCCACUCACAUGGUGGGCAAGUGGCAUCUGGGCUUCUGUAACUGGAAUUACACCCCGACUUACCGCGGCUUCGACUCCUUCUUUGGCUACUACAACGGAGCGGAGGACUACUACACGCACGUUGUCGCUGCUGGACUGGAUCUAAGAGACGACAAGGAAGUGGUGAGGACAAGGAAUGGGCAGUACAGCACGUACUUCUUCACAGACCGAGCUGUGGAUAUAGUAGAGAAGCACCCUGCGGACACGCCGCUGUUUCUGUACCUGCCCUUCCAGAAUGUGCACCAGCCCCUGCAGGUUCCCAAACGAUUUGAAGACAUGUACGCGAGCGUCGAAAAUGAAAACAGGCGAAUACUUCUUGGUAUGGUGAGCGCCUUGGACGAAGCUGUAGGCAACGUUACCAUGGCGAUGAAGAAGGCGGGGCUAUGGGACAACACUCUGGUGAUCUUUACCACCGACAAUGGCGGCUGGAUCUCUGCCAGCGGUAACAACUUCCCCCUCCGUGGCGGGAAGACCACCUUGUGGGAGGGGGGCACUAGAGGCGUGGCCUUCGCGCACGGCAAGAUGCUUCAGAAGACUGGCUACACCAACAACGAGAUGAUUCACGCAGUAGACUGGUUCCCAACAAUCCUUGAGGCUGCAGGCGGCACUGCAGAUGACGCCAUAGACGGGGUUAGUCAGUUGGACACCAUCUUGUCGGGCAAGCCCUCCCCACGCACUGAAUUUGUCUACAACAUUGACGACUAUAGCGCUUCUACAAAGCAGGGAGCAAUAAGGGUUGGUGAUUACAAGCUGAUCGAGGGGUAUGCCGGGACGCCUGACGGGUGGAUCCGUCCUGACAACAUGACGGCCGGUAAACCGGACUGCGCAUGCGCAGAUCCCGCCACCGGGACCUGGCUCUUCAACCUCAAAGACGAUCCCACAGAGCACCACAACCUCGCGGACUCCAUGCCGGACAAGCUGAAGGAGAUGCAGGCUAAGCUGGAGGAGUACAAGGAGAGCCUGGUGCCAGCCAUUUUCCCACCGGUUGACCCAAAAUCACUCCCAGCGGAAUGGGGAGGGGCGUGGUCCCCCGGCUGGUGCUAGGCAACGGGGCGUGGUCCAUGGCC